AUGGUGAAAUUCUCAAGGGAACUCGAAGCUCAACUAAUACCAGAAUGGAAGGAGGCCUUUGUCAACUAUAGCCAGCUCAAGAAACAAAUAAAGAGGAUCAAAUUAACAAGAAUUUCCAAGCAACAAGAAGCACAUCAAGGGGACUUUGGUCUCUCAGUUUUUGAUUCCUUUCGCUUCAUAACCAACAACUUAUUCAGUUCAGACAACAAUAAACAAGAUAUAAUUCAGGUGAGGAGGAAAACCGUGGAGGAGAGUGGAGAAGAAGUGUAUGAAACUGAGCUGGCGCAAUUAUUUUCGGAAGAGGAUGAAGUGCAAGUGUUUUUUGCAAGGCUUGAUGAAGAGCUAAACAAGGUGAACCAAUUCUACAAGAAACAAGAGAGUGAGUUUCUUGAGAGAGGAGAAAUGCUUAACAAGCAGCUUCACAUCUUGCUAGACCUUAAGAAAGUUCUCAGUGAUCGCCUCCGCAAAAAUCCACCGCCAAAGGCUUCUUCUGAUACCGGAAUUUUACCUCAUUCUCCGGUUCACAGCUCCAAUUAUUCGGAAAGUAUUGGAGAAUCAGAAGAAACUAAUUCAGAAAUGGAAGAAGUAAUCUCAACGUUGGAGAAAAAUGGUCUAAGUUUUGUGAAUUCAGCAAUGAGGGUAAAGACAAAGAAGGGAAAGCCUCAGAUGGCAAUGAGAAUUGAUAUUCCGGCCACCACGCCAACACAGGCACUGACGGCUGUUACUUCCCUGUUGUGGGAGGAUUUAGUGAACACUCCAAUGAAACCUGGGUACGGAGAGUUCAUUAACAAGAGAAAAAUCCAAUAUGCUGAGAAGAUGAUUAGAAGUGCAUUUGUAGAGCUCUAUAAAGGUCUUGGCCUUCUCAAAACUUACAGCUCAUUGAAUAUGGUAGCAUUUUCAAAGAUACUCAAGAAAUUUGACAAGGUGUCUUGCCAAAAGGCUUCUGCAAAUUAUUUAAAAGAAGUGAAGAGAUCCCAGUUCAUUAGUUCUGAUAAGGUUGUAAGACUAAUGGACGAAGUGGAAUCCAUAUUCACAAAGCACUUUGCCAACAAUGAUAGGAAAAAGGCAAUGAAGUUUUUAAAACCUCAGCAGCCAAAAAGUUCUCAUAUGGUUACCUUCCUUGUCGGGUUGUGUACAGGUAGUUUUGUAUCCUUGUUUUGUGUAUACAUAAUAUUGGCUCAUUUGUGUGGUAUAUUCUCGCCUAGCACAGAGCCAGCUUAUACGGAAGCAGUCUACCCUGUUUUCAGUGUGUUCACAUUGUUAAGCCUACACUUGUUUAUGUUUGGAUGCAACCUGUACACGUGGAAGAGUACAAGAAUCAACCAUAAUUUCAUAUUUGAAUUCUCACCAAACACAGCAUUAAAGCACAGAGAUGCAUUUCUGAUAUGCACUACCCUCAUGACAACUGUGUUUGGAGCAAUGGUGAUACACCUGCUUCUAAGGGCUGCAGGUUUUUCUCCAGUCCAAGUUGAUGCAAUUCCUGGAAUUCUUCUUCUGAUCUUUGUAGUUCUUCUCAUUUGCCCAUUUGACAUUUUUUAUCGCCCAACGCGCUUCUGCUUCAUCCGUGUUAUGCGUAACAUAGUCUGCUCUCCAUUUUAUAAGGUUCUGCUGGUAGACUUUUUCAUGGCUGACCAACUAACUAGCCAGAUUCCAUUGCUAAGGCAUUUGGGAACAACAGGUUGUCACAUUUUUGCUAGAGUUUUCAAAACAAACCACCCUGAGGCCUGCCAUUCUGGAAGACUAUACGUAGAAAUAACUUAUAUUAUCUCAUUUUUGCCAUAUAUUUGGCGGGCAUUGCAGUGUAUAAGGCGAUGGUUUGAUGACUGUGAUGUUGCCCAUUUGGCUAACAUGGGGAAGUACGUUUCUGCAAUGGUUGCAGCAGCGGCUAGAGUCACAUAUGGGAGGCAAGAUAACUAUGUAUGGUUUGCUAUAGUCUUAAUCACUUCUGGGAUGGCCACAGUAUAUCAAUUGUAUUGGGAUUUUGUUAAGGACUGGGGUUUUUUCAAUCCCAACUCCAAAAACCCAUGGCUCAGAGAUGAUCUAAUUCUUAAAUAUAAAAGCAUAUACUACAUGUCUAUUGCGUUGAAUGCUGUUCUAAGAGUGGCUUGGGUGGAGACUAUGAUGCACCUCAAAGUGGGGCCUGUUCAAACAAGGCUUCUAGACUUUUUGUUAGCUUCACUAGAGGUUAUUCGACGAGGGCAUUGGAAUUUCUACAGGUUGGAGAAUGAGCAUCUAACCAACGUUGGUCAUUUUCGAGCAGUGAAGGCAGUUCCGCUACCAUUUCGCGACAUAGAUUCAGACAGCUGAGAUGACGUUCUCAUACAAGUACAAAUUUUCUAAUAAUGCCAAAGGAAAUAAUAUUUUGAACGUUACCAAUUGAAGUAUCAAUAAACACAGAUUGUUAUGCAAAACAAGAAUGCAUGACAGAUGACAUUUUGUCCUGUAAAUUGGCUCUCACAACGUUUGGAUUUCAUGUUCCCCAAAAUUAAAAUAAAAAAUUAUU